CAUAGUGGCAGCAUCAUAAACAUUUAUCUAAUUUUAGCAUCAUUUCUACAAUUUUAGUUGCAUUAGAGAAUUUUAACAUUUUUAACAAAUAAAGCCGCUGCCAGUAAUUAUUUGGCACAAAAUGAUUGUGAUACAUAUGGAGUUGGAACCGGGCUUUCGCAAGGCUGACAUAAACAAUAUUCCUACGGUACGCAGCGAGACUAUAUUCUCAUUCGUCACAAAAAUUGCCACUAGCGGCGGUGGCAUAAAAAAGCAGGGCCCUGGAACCAGCAAGGAUGGCAAAGACGUUGACUUACGCAUUGAUUAUGUACAAUUUAGAAAAGCCGGCGAUGUAUUCGAGAUGCGCGCUGUUGUCUUUCCGGCAGCAAGUGGCGGUAGCCAUGAGGCGCAUGUACGAGUUGCAUUAAAGGUAGAUGAGAAAAAAGAUGAAAUAUCGGAGACCAAGUGUGAGCAGUGCUUAAAGAAAGAAUCGUGUCCACACAUUCUUGCCUUUAUUUUCUGGCUACAUCGAAAGAGCACAGAUACUGAAGCACCAUCCAUAUUGGAUUUCUGGGGUAGAGAAGUUGAGGCGCUAAUGGAGGAGGAACGUGCAGAUGCACUACGAAUUCGUGAAAUAUUUGCUUGUGAUGAAUUACGUUUGGAAGCCGAUUUGGAGGCGGCUGCUGUUGGUGAAACAGAAGGGCAAGCGUUCUUCGAGAAUGUGCUUGAUGAAAUGGAUAAUUUAGGUUUGAGAGACUCAGCUCUGUACCGUCACUGUAGGUCUGUAUUGGAUGAGUUUGAGCCUUUGUUCAUACAUCACACUAUGUUGGAUGCGUCAAAUAAUGGUGUGAAAAGUUCGCGAUCAUUUGUACAACACAUGGAAGAGCAAGCUAAACAAGGACUAUUUGAAAGACUUGCGGAAGUCUCAAAAUUGAGUUACAAGACGCCUCUUUGGCUUGAAACUCAGUACAUGCGACUACGUUGUUCUCUCAUACAUCGGAUUGCCUCACGGAAGGAUGUUUUAGAAGAUGAACACAUUUUAGAAAUGCUCUUCUGCAAAGAACGAGAGUACAAUGCUGAAGAACGGCAACAGUUGAAGCAGCAUAAACGCUUUAUAUUAAAGCAAACGGAAAAACUAGAAAAUAAAACAUACACAGAAUGUGGUUUGUUGCUCAAUGAAAGCUACCCAUAUAUUUGCGCAUCUCCAGAUGGCAUUACCGAUGACCACAUCGUGGAAAUAAAGGCGCCGAAAACAGAUGAGGAAUUCGAAAAGUACUUAGAAGGGCGUGAAACUAUUGCGCCUAAAUAUAUGGCACAGAUACAAAUACAAAUGUAUAUGGCGAAUGUAACAAAAGCGCUUUAUUGUGUACUAAGUCCAACCUUCGACACUAAUGGUGCUCUUCAUUAUGUUUGGGUACAAGCAGAUAUGGAAUUUGUUGCAAGCUUAUUAGGUGCAGCCGAAGAUUUCUGGAAAGAUGUGGUAUUCCCACGCCUCGCCAAAAUUUAUUUGAAUAGUCCGUAAAGUAGUGAUUAAAUAUUUAGAUUAGUUGAAGUGCACAUUAAGUAAUCUUGUCAAAUGUAAAAACGAACGAAUAAAAUAUUUUGUUUCCAAUUGCUAAAAAAAA